AUGGCUGGUCUGCAGGCUGAUAAAGACAUCAUCGCUGGUCUCGCGGAGGCCAAGCGCGACGAGUACGAGAAGGACAUCGACGAUUCCACCUCGGAAGGGCACGAGCCCGACGGCAUCCAUGAUGGUCUCGAGUUCCCCACCAAAGAAGAACGCCACACACUCCGACACGUCUCAGACACCAUUCCCUGGAGCGCGUACUUGAUCGCGUUCUGCGAGUUGGCAGAGCGGUUUUCCUACUACGGUUCCACCGUCGUCUUCACCAACUUCUUGCAACAACGGCUACCCCCGGGUUCAAAAACAGGCGCCGACGUAAAGCAGGCGGGUGCCCUUGGCCUUGGCCAGCGCACAUCUACCGGUAUCGGCACAUUCAACACCUUCUGGGUGUACGUUAUCCCUCUUUUCGGUGCGUACAUCGCCGACACGCGAUGGGGUCGGUUCAAGACCAUCUGCAUUGCCAUCGGUGUCGCACUCGUCGGCCACGUCCUCCUCAUCGUCUCUGCGGUCCCCGGCGUCAUCGAGCACUCACACGGCUCCCUCGCAUGCUUCAUCAUUGCGAUUAUCAUCAUGGGCGUCGGCACCGGUGGUUUCAAGGCUAACAUCUCGCCGCUCGUCGCCGAGCAGUACAAGCGGACCAAGCUCUUCAUUGGCCACACGAAGAGCGGAGAGCGCGUCAUCGUGGAUCCCUUGAUGACGACCUCCAGGAUCUAUAUGUACUUCUAUAUGUUCAUCAACAUUGGUGCGCUUGUCGGUCAGAUCUCCAUGGCUUACUCCGAGAAGUACGUUGGCUUCUGGCUCUCGUUUACUCUCCCGACGCUGGUCUUCUGUCUUUGCCCCUUCGUGUUGUACUUCGGCCGCCAUAUGUACAUCACCUCGCCUCCUCAGGGCUCCGUUCUCGGCAAGUCUCUCCGACUAUGGCGGUUCGCCGCGAAGGGCCGUUGGUCAUGGAACCCCGUACGGACUUUCCGUAACCUGAGCGCCGCGGACUUCUGGGAGAAUGUCAAGCCCAGCAACUUCAACGAGGAGACCCGCCCCACUUGGAUGACCUUUGACGACCAGUGGGUCGAUGAGGUCAAGCGCGGCUUCAAGGCUUGCAGCGUGUUCUUGUGGUAUCCCGUCUACUGGCUCACCUACAACCAGUUGAACAACAACCUGACGUCGCAGGCCGCGACGAUGGUCACGAAUGGCGUCCCCAACGACGUACUAUCCAAUCUGGACCCAUUCGCACUCAUCAUCUUCAUCCCAAUCGUCGACGUGUUCGUCUACCCCGGUUUGCGGCGCCUCGGAUUCAACUUUACGCCCGUCAAGCGCAUCGCGCUCGGCUUCUUCCUUGGUUCUGCGGCGAUGAUCUGGGCCACGGUCGUCCAACACUACAUCUACCAGCGCAACCCUUGUGGGAAGUUCGUCGCGACCUGCAAGGAUGCGGCUGGCGAGCCGCUGACGUCGGAUCUGAACGUCUGGAUCCAGACGGGCUCGUACGUGCUGCUCGCGUUCUCGGAGAUCUUCGCGUCGAUCACGGGCCUCGAGUACGCGUUCACGAAGGCCCCGAAGAACAUGCGCUCGCUCGUCAUGGGCGCAUACCUGUUUAUGCAGGCGAUUUCAGCCGCGCUCGGGGAGGCGUUUGUCGCGCUGUCGUCGGACCCGCUGCUCGUGUGGAACUACGGCGUCAUGGGCGUGCUUGCGUUCAUCGCGGGCACGAUCUUCUGGUUCCAGUACCGCGAGCUCGACGCCCGGGAGGACGAGUUGAACGACAUCACCGAGGGCCACUACGAGGAGAAGUAA